CGAGCGGAGCGCGCCGAGCACUGGGAGCGAGCGGCUUGGGGGGAUCCCGAGGCGGCCGGGCUCGCGCGGCGCCUUCGCUCCCCCUCCCCUCGGCCCUCGGGCCGCGCGGCCUGCAGGCCGCUCCGGGAAGAUGGCGCUGCACUUUCAGAGUUUGGCUGAGUUGGAAGUGCUGUGUACUCAUCUCUACGUAGGGACCGAUCUCACUGAAAGAAUAGAGGCUGAGAAAGCACUCUUGGAACUGAUUGACAGCCCAGAAUGUCUCAGCAAGUGUCAACUUUUACUAGAACAAGGAUCAACAUCCUAUGCUCAGCUCCUUGCAGCAACAUGUCUUUCAAAACUUGUUACCCGAAUCAAUCCUUUACCUAUUGAACAGAGGAUAGACAUCAGAAACUACAUCCUGAAUUAUGUGGCAUCCCAACCUAAGCUGGCGCCCUUUGUCAUCCAAGCUCUGAUUCAAGUCAUCGCUAAACUCACCAAGUUGGGGUGGUUUGAGGUGCAGAAGGAUGAGUUUGUUUUCCGAGAAAUCAUUGCUGAUGUGAAGAAGUUCCUCCAGGGCACAGUGGAACACUGCAUAAUAGGAGUGAUAAUCCUUUGUGAAUUGACACAGGAAAUGAACUUGGUUGAUUAUUCCAGACCUUCAGCAAAACAUAGGAAAAUAGCUACCUCAUUCCGUGACACUUCUCUAAAAGACAUUCUAGUGUUAGCGUGUUCUCUCCUGAAGCAGGUGUUGGCCAAACCUUUAAAUCUUCAGGAUCAAGAUCAACAAAGUCUGGUAAUGCAGGUCUUAAAGCUGGUCCUCAGCUGCCUGAGCUUUGACUUCCUGGGCAGUUCAGCAGACGAGUCUGCAGAUGAUCUUUGCACAGUACAGAUUCCAACAACCUGGAGAACAAUUUUCCUAGAGCCAGAAACAUUGGAUCUUUUCUUCAAUUUGUAUCACUCGCUCCCACCACUGCUGUCUCAGUUAGCACUUUCGUGCUUAGUUCAGUUUGCUUCUACAAGAAGAUCCUUAUUUAGCAGUCCUGAGCGCGCCAAGUACCUUGGAAACUUAAUUAAAGGGGUGAAAAGGAUACUUGAAAACCCCCAGGGUUUGUCUGAUCCUGGCAAUUAUCAUGAAUUCUGUCGAUUUUUGGCUCGUUUAAAGACAAACUAUCAGCUGGGAGAGUUAGUUUUGGUGAAGGAGUAUGCGGAAGUGAUUGGAUUAAUUGCCAAUUUUACUAUUACUAGCCUUCAGCAUUGGGAGUUUGCCCCCAACAGUGUUCAUUACUUAUUAACUCUGUGGCAGAGGAUGGUAGCAUCCGUUCCUUUUGUGAAGUCAGCUGAACCCCACUUGUUAGACACUUAUGCACCUGAAAUCACAAAGGCCUUUAUCACGUCUCGUUUGGAAUCUGUUGCCAUUGUUGUAAGAGAUAAUUUAGAAGACCCUCUGGAUGACACUGCUACCGUGUUCCAACAGCUGGAGCAGCUGUGUACAGUUAGCAGAUGUGAAUAUGAAAAGACGUGUACUCUUCUUGUACAGCUCUUUGACCAAAAUGCACAGAACUAUCAGAAGCUUCUGCAUGCUGCUCCGGGGCUGGCUGUUGACAUGGCGAUUCAAGAAGGACGUCUUGCGUGGCUGAUUUACUUGGUUGGCACAGUUGUAGGAGGGAGACUAACAUAUACCAGCACAGAUGAGCAUGAUGCUAUGGAUGGAGAACUCUCCUGCCGUGUUUUUCAGCUUAUAUCUUUAAUGGAUACCAGAUUACCUCACCGCACCAAUGAGAAAAUAGAACUUGCAGUUCUCUGGUUCCUGGAUCAGUUUCGUAAAACAUAUGUUGGUGAUCAGCUUCAAAGAACCUCAAAGGUGUAUGCUCGUAUGUCAGAAGUCUUAGGAAUAACAGAUGAUAACCAUGUUCUGGAAACAUUCAUGACGAAAAUUGUUACAAACCUGAAGUACUGGGGAAGAUGUGAGCCUGUACUCUCCAGGACGCUUCAGUUCCUGAGUGACCUUUCAGUUGGCUAUAUCCUUUUAAAAAAGCUUGUGAAAAUAGAUGCUGUGAAAUUCAUGCUGAAAAAUCACACGAGUGAACACUUCCCGUUUCUUGGCAUCAGUGAUACUUACAAUGUGGGUGACUUCAGGUGCCGGACAACCUUCUACACAGCCCUCACUCGCCUUCUGAUGGUAGACCUGGGUGAAGAUGAGGAUGAAUUUGAGAAUUUUAUGCUGCCUCUCACAGUCUCUUUUGAAACAGUGUUACAAAUAUUCAACAAUAACUUUAAACAGGAAGAAGUAAAGCGUAUGUUGAUCGGGCUGGCAAGAGAUCUUCGAGGGAUUGCCUUUGCACUGAACACAAAGACCAGCUACACCAUGCUGUUUGACUGGAUAUACCCAGCCUAUCUCCCAGCUCUUCAGAGAGCUAUUGAACGGUGGUAUGGAGAACCCGCAUGUACUACUCCAAUCUUAAAACUCUUGGCAGAACUGAUGCAAAACAGGUCUCAGCGUUUGAAUUUUGAUGUAUCCUCUCCUAAUGGAAUUCUUCUCUUCAGAGAAGCCAGCAAAAUGAUUUGCACCUAUGGAAAUCAGAUCCUGUCUCUUGGAAGUCUCUCCAAAGAUGAGAUUUAUCCAAUGAAACUCAAGGGCAUCUCCAUCUGCUACUCAGCUCUCAAGUCUGCAUUGUGUGGAAAUUAUGUCAGCUUUGGCGUCUUCAAGUUGUAUGGGGACAACCAUUUUGACAAUGUACUCCAGGCCUUUGUCAAAAUGCUGCUUUCAGUGUCUCACAGUGACUUGCUGCAAUACCGGAAGCUGAGCCAGUCUUACUAUCCACUGCUGGAAUGUCUCACUCAGGACCACAUGAGCUUCAUCACCAACUUGGAGCCUCCUGUGCUCCUGUACGUUCUCACGUCUCUCUUAGAGGGACUCACCACGCUUGACACAGUGGUCUCCUCCAGCUGCUGUACAAGUUUAGACUACAUGGUCACCUAUCUCUUCAAGCACAUAGCAAAAGAAGGGAAGAAGCCACUUCGAAGCAGAGAGGCUAUGCAGUCUGGUCAGAGACUGUUACAUUUUAUGCAACAAAACCCAGAUGUUCUGCAGCAGAUGAUGUCUGUCCUCAUGAACACCAUUGUCUUUGAGGAUUGUCGGAACCAGUGGUCAGUAUCCAGGCCUCUCCUGGGGCUCAUCCUGCUCAACGAGAAGUAUUUCAGUGAACUGAGGGCCAGUCUGAUAAACAGCCAGCCUCUCCCCAAGCAGGAAGUCCUUGGCCAGUGCUUCAGGAACUUGAUGGAAGGAGUGGAACAGAACCUGUCUGUGAAGAACAGAGACAGGUUUACCCAGAACCUCUCCGUCUUCAGAAGAGAUGUGGCAGAGGCCCUGCGUAGCGAUGGCCACACUGACCUAAGCAGCCUGGACAUGAUGAGCUGACCCAGCUCCUGAGCAUGGGCUGUGCAGCCUUUGUCAAGAGACUCUGGAAGGUCUGGGUUCCAGACUACGAUGCUGGCCAGCCCAGAAGAGUGUAUUUUUCAGAACAAGCAGCUAAAGCCCUACAUUUUUAUAAGUCUGAGCUAAUUAUAAAAAUUUAUAAUAGUACGCAUACAAUGUAAAUUCAGUAUUCAAAGCAGCACAUGUUUCAAGUCUAUCUGGAUCCCCACAAUGCUGAAAGGUCUAGAAACUGUAUUUAACCAAAGAACAUAGGAAACCAGGCUAGUGCCUGUGACCAGCCCUCACUUCAGUGUGGGUUCUGGAUCGAGACAGAUGCCAUCUGAACCUGUUGAAUUUAGUCUUUACAUCUGGAAAAUGCAAUAUUAGGGCCUCAGGGCUGUGGGCAUUGACAAGGAGCUUGGGAGGAAGCACCAUAAAGCCUCCCCCAGAACUGCACACAGGCCUUUCUGCCUCAGCAAUAUCUGAUAAAGUUCAGAGACAGUAACACAAUUAGAUGACUAACAAACAAUGUUUGCUUUCCACUGGCAUAAAUCUAAAGUGGUUCAGUCUAGAAGAAUUAGCUCUGCAAUUGCUGUCUGCAGAGAGAUGUGUUUAGGACUCUGGAAGCCUAGUUAGAAGUUCUAGGUGCACAAGCUCCAUUUAACUUGAAGGAAAGCUGAGGGUGGCAAGUUGUAUCUGGAAGCAGCUCUGCCUUCUGACCACCCAGCAGAGUUCAGCUGCCACCUUCUGCCCUCCGCCUUCCACAGGCUUAACCACUGUUGGAUGUGACUUCAUCCAAACAUAGGAAAUGAAGGCCUUUACAGCUUGUGACCCAUCAAACCUAAGCUAUUAAUUUGGAAUUGCCACUGUCAGGCGGGUUUCCUAUCUCACUGCACUGACUUUGGCGUUCAGGCUUACAAUAAACACUGCGGCCAUAAUGUCUGAUCAGACCUGAAAGGCUGACCUCACUGUUGCAGGGGAAAAUCCA